CAACCAACAGAAACCCCGGGGCUCGAGCACCGGACGGAACGGGAGCGGCGCCGUGGGUGACUGGCGUGCGGAAACGGGGGAGCCCCGGGAUUGGCCAGGCCACCGACUAGCCGGAGAGUCCCGCACGGCUCUCCCGCUGCUGGUGACCGUCGUCGCGCCGAGGAGAUGGUCGGACGGAUAAGAUCGCCGCGCCGCGCCCCGCCCCGCGUGAGCUCGCUGCCCAUAACAAGCGGCACGAGCACGAGACCCGGCGCCGAAAGCGAUCGACCUCGGUUUCUUGCGUGCGCGCGCGUCGGACCCAGCAAAGCAAGCAACCGCAACGCCUUUUUCAGUUUGGCCCUGGCUGCCUGCCCCCCGCUGGACCCGGAGCCUGGAGCGGCGCUGCGAAUCUGCACGAGGGGCUGAGCCACUGAGGUCCGAGCGCCGAGCGGGGUGGGUGCGGCGGGCGGGCGGGCGGGCAUGGCGACGGCGCUGGCCAAGCGGGGCGCGGGGCUCGCUGCGGCGUUGGCGGCUCUGGCGCGGGGGCGCGGGAUGUGCUCGGCGUCGGCGCCAGCUGCGGCGGGGCGCGCCGCGGCGCUCUCCUCCGAGGAGCUCAUGCGGAUGGAGCGGGACUGCAGCGCCCACAACUACCAUCCGAUCCCCAUGGUGUUCUCCAAAGGAGAAGGUUCACACAUAGUGGACCCUGAAGGCAACAAAUACAUUGAUUUUCUCUCUGCUUAUUCUGCAGUCAAUCAGGGUCAUUGCCAUCCAAAAGUCCUGAGAGCUUUGAUAGAACAGGCAGAAAGGCUUACGCUCAGUUCUAGAGCUUUCUACAAUGACAAAUUCCCAAUCUUUGCGGAAUAUCUGACAAGCAUGUUUGGAUAUGACAUGAUGUUGCCAAUGAACACUGGAGCUGAAGGAGUUGAAACUGCUAUCAAGUUGGCUAGGAAGUGGGGUUAUGAGAAGAAAAAGAUACCAAAGAAUGAGGCUAUGCUUGUCUCUUGCUGUGGAUGUUUCCAUGGUCGAACUCUGGGCGUCAUUUCCAUGAGCUGUGACAAUGAUGCUACUCGUGGUUUUGGUCCUUUGGUUCCUGGCCAUCUUAAAGUUGAUUUUGGAGAUAUUGAUGGGUUGAAGAAAGUCUUUGAAGAGCAUGGAGAUCGGAUUUGUGGCUUUUUGUUUGAACCUAUCCAAGGUGAAGCGGGGGUAGUAAUCCCACCAGAUGGCUAUUUGAAAGCUGUCAGAGACUUGUGUUCUAAGCACAACAUUCUGAUGAUUGCUGAUGAGAUCCAAACAGGCAUAGCUAGAACUGGGAGAAUGUUGGCAUGUGAUUGGGAAGGCAUAAGGCCUGAUAUGGUGAUUCUCGGCAAAGCACUUGGUGCUGGAGUUGUUCCAGUCAGUGCAGUUCUUGCAGAUAAGGACAUCAUGUUGUGUAUCAGACCAGGGGAACAUGGAAGUACAUUUGGUGGGAAUCCAUUGGCUAGUGCUGUGGCAGUUGCAUCACUGAAAGUGGUCAGAGAUGAAUGUCUUGUUGAAAGGGCAGCAAAGUUAGGACAGGAGUUCAGGGACCAGUUACAGAAGGUCCAGCAGAAAUUCCCUCAAAUCAUAAGAGAAGUGCGCGGGAGGGGUUUGCUUAAUGCGGUGGACUUAAACAACGACGCACUAUCUCCUGCCUCUGCAUAUGACAUAUGCAUCAAGUUGAAGGAGCGAGGCAUUCUAGCAAAACCCACACAUGACACUAUAAUUCGAUUAGCCCCUCCCCUUUCAAUCAGUCCGGAGGAGCUUGCAGAAGCAUCGAAGGCACUCAGUGACGUGCUGGAGCAUGACUUGCCACAGAUGCAGAAGGAGAUCAAGAAGCCAGAAUCAGAGGCAGAGAAACCAGUCUGUGACAGAUGUGGCCGAGACUUGUAUGGAUGAUGAGUGAUGCCUACAAGCAGGGAUUACCGCAUUUUCAUGGGCAGUAGGCCAUUUCCCCAAAUGAGAAACAUAAUAUGGGAUUCUCUGUCGUAGCUCACUGUAGUAUCCUGCACCUUGUUGCAUUGUAUAUUCAGGGAAGGUGGUAUUAUUACCAUGGUUAAUCGCAAAUAAAUGGGUGGUAGUAUUCACCUGCAUUGUGAAUCUACCGUCAAAGCUAUAUGAUCUUUUCCUCCUCUUUUCUUCUGACGAAAGUGAUCUAUCUGUGACA